UUCUGUUGCUAAGUGAGACAUCACAUGACCGCGGGGAUACUGCAAUGGCCGUAAGUGUGAAAAAGGGUCAUAAGUCACUUUUUUCAGCGCUGGGGGAGCUUUGUUCAGUAAACCAACUGCUGUAAAUCAAGGAUUUAUCUUGUAAUGAUUUUUAAUGCCUUCUCUUUAUUCGUUCUGGGCUGUUGCAGGGCCUGCACCUGGCCACCAGAGGGCAGCGUUCACUGUCCUUUCCCAGUUCUGCUACUGGUUUAUUUCACUUCAUUGUGUUAACCUUAAUUGUGUUCCUCUGAAAUUAGACUUUUUUUUUUUUUUUUACAAAAAACGUAGCCGCCACUUGUGCAGCACGGAGCACUCCGAGGUUGAAUUGUUGCCUUCUUCGCAGUAAUUGAGAAUUGGGUGGCAUACCCUUUCAAUAAACUAGGAUUGUGGUUGUUUAUCGAAUCCUGGUGUCUUACUGGUCAAAGGGCUAAGGAUAUAACUCUGGUGUGUCUAGGGCGGUACUCCUCGUGCAGGCUGAGUUGGAGGUUGGCUUAACCAUGGUUAAUUGGCCGCUUUCUCCAGUUAAGCCACAAGCCACGAUUCACUAACGGGUAAGGCCUGGGCUUGCCCAAUGACUGUAAGCCUGAAUCGACCAUGGUGGUUAGUUGAUGUGGUGAGGAGGAGGAGACCGAGAAGAUGUGAGGCUUGAAAGGCAGACUGGAUUUCUGAGUUUUCUCUUUCUCGUCCCUUUCAGGGGCCACGGGGGCACCAUAGCCUUGGAUCCAACUGUCAACCGGACGGCGGAAUCCUGCAGGGCCCUCGCCUGAUUGGCUCUCCACAGCAGAUGCCGGUUUGAGACCUGGUUUGGCCGUCCAUCCAGAGGGACUCAGGCCUCGAAUCCUCCGUGGGCAGAGCGGGCGAAGAGUGGGCAUCCUGUCCUUCAAGGGGAGGGACUGAGCUUGGCAGAGGCCACCCCAAAACGUGGUUUGGUGUGAUUCCUGUCCUCACCAGAAGAACAGAGAUGGUUAGGAAACUGAUAAUGAAAGAGCUGGCACAGCUUACACACACCACGCGUUAUCUUGUGUUGGUUACCAGCUUAGCGUCACUCCAGCUGGGUUACAAUCACUGGCUCUGCUACUCGGACACUAAGCUCAUCAGACAAUUUUAUAAUCUAACAUAUUACCGCAUGAAGAAAAAUGCCCAUCGAAACGAUACGUUUCAUGACGACUUAGUGAUCGGUUUUGCGACCAGCCUGUUCCCUGUUGGAGCCAUGGUGGGGUCACUCCUUGUCGGAGUCCUGGUGGACAGAUUCGGCAGGAAAUGGACCAUGAUGAUUGACAACUAUAUUUCCUUGGUGUGUUCCAUGUUCAUGACCUGCGCCAAUCUUCAGCAUGGGUUCAUCUUUGCCAUGUUUUCACGUUUCUUUAUCGGGAUCUCGAUGGGUAUUUUCUCCGGCGUGAUUCCUAUGUAUCUCCUAGAGAUCAGCCCAUUGGCGUUGAGGGGAUCCAUCGGCAUGGUGCCCCAUUUCUUUGUAGUGAUUGGGGUCCAAAUGGCUCAGAUAUUUUCCUUUCCUGAACUCCUGGGCACCGUUGAAGAUUGGCCAGCACUGGUGAGCCUGCCUGGGCUGUUGGCCAUCUGGCAGAUCCUCCUGCUUCCUUCCUGCCCUGAAAGUCCGAGGUAUCUCUUCAUACAGAAGAACAAAGAAGAAGAAGCCAAAGAAGCCCUGAAGCUCCUCAGGUUCCAGAGCAAUGUGGCGGAUGAACUGGAAGAACUUCGACGGGAGGACCGCUGGGAGAAGGACGAGAAGAAGAUGAACACCCUGCGGUUGCUGGGGUACCGUCAACUCCGUUGGCACCUGGUUUCGGUGAUCGUUAUAGUAACCGGCCAGCAGCUUUCUGGUGUCAAUGUGAUCUACCUCUGCAUCGAGAAAUUUCUCUUUUCUACGGGGUUAAGCUACAAAAAGGCCCGGUAUUUCCAAAUGAUGACCACUGCCUUGUUAAUCUUGGCUAUCUUAUACGGGAUGUACAUUGUGGACACGAAAGGACGCAAACUCCAGCUCCUCGUUGGGUUUGGGAUGGCGACGGUUUUCUGCCUCUUGCUCACCGUGACCAUAGAUUUAGAGGUCAAAUUUGCCUGGUUGUCGUUCUUGAACAACGUCCUCAUCAAUAUUUUCCUGCUUGUCCACGCCAUGGGGCCAAGUGCCCUGAUCAACCUGGUGACUGGAGAACUGUUUCUGCAGUCUUCCCGGUCCUCUGCUUACGUCGUCGGACAAUUUUUACACUGGUUCCUGAACUACGCAACAGUCUUAAUCUUUGUCUACGCAGAGAACUACGUAGGGCAUUACAGCCUUCUGCUUGCCAGCCCUAUAAGCCUGGUGACUUUUUUUUACAUCUUGAAGAUUGUCCCCGAGACCAAAGACAAGACGUUUUUGGAGAUCCAGAGCCUGGUGCCCCUCCACAAGGCCAAAUAGAAUCCUGUCUAAGGGCAGCCCACCCGGCAAAAUCCGUGCUUUCCACUCAAACUUCGUCUGAAUGUGGAGCCAGGGGGACUCUCCGCUGUUUAGGAAGUGCUCAGCUCUGCCUUUUGUCCUCCGUUUUCUGCAAAA